CUCUAUCUUCAUCUUUCUUCUUAGUGUCUAGUUCAAUGUGGUGUUUGCAUUGCCACUUUAUUCUUAACUUUUUAUGUGAUCAUUUUUCACCUACUUCAUACAAGUUAAUAAGUUCUUGUUCUACAUUUGCUUUAUCAAACCUACUCUACAUUUAAUUCAUGUUGCCUUUUCUGCUGUGAUAUCAUGGAGUGGGGAUUAGUUCUUGAUUGGUUUUGUUGGUUCAUUCUAAUCCAUAAAAAGUUUCUCUUGAAUUAGAUUUUAAGAGUAUUCCUCUUUUCUUCAUUAGCAGAGUAGCCCAAUCAAGACAGAUAACUAUGUGAAUUGUGAUGACAAAAGGUGAUAAUUGGAUAUGGAGAGAAUCCCUGAAACACACUCACUUUCUAGGCAACUAUUACUUGCUCAUAACUUCUUGCAGGAGCCUGAAGAGCUCAUGUCGUUUACAGCCAGCGAUGAUUCCUCCGAUGAGGAAGCCGGCUCCACUUCAUUUCAUGGCGCUAGCCACCCAACUGAGCCACUUGACAAUGACAUGAUGAGGCCAGUCUAUGUACCAAUUGGGCAAAAUAAUGUGGAUGGGAGAUAUUUGGCUGAAGAGCUCGAUGAUUUAGCUGCUGUAUCUGAAGAAAAAGAGUGUAUGUGGGAUGGUUUGUUACCUACAAGUGGCAAUGUCAGCCCUCAUAGUAGUAUUGACAGUAUUGGUUUCGCCAUGGCCAUGAGCAUUUCCAAUAGCUCAGCUAGCACAUAUCAUAGUGAUGGGGUGAUGAGUGAUGAUAGAAACUACGAUAUCAUGAAGGGAAGCACUCGAGGGGACUCUCUCGAGAGUACUAUCCUGAGCCGAGCAAGUGAUAGCAGUGGCCUAAGUGAUGAUAGUAACUGGAGCUACACUAGUGGCAGCGCAAAUAAGCCUCACAAGGGAAAUGAUCCCAGAUGGAAGGCUAUACUCUCUGUUCGAGCGAGGCAUGGUGUUUUAGGCAUGAGCCAGUUCAGGUUGCUGAAAAGGCUUGGCUGCGGGGAUAUUGGAAGUGUAUAUCUCUCUAAGCUCAUCACAACCCGGUGCCUCUUUGCAAUGAAAGUGAUGGAUAAGGCAUCCCUUGCUAGCAGGAAGAAGUUGACCCGGGCACAUACAGAACGGGAAAUCUUGCAGCUGCUCGACCAUCCUUUCUUGCCAACACUGUACACUCAUUUUGAGACUGACAGAUUUUCAUGCUUAGUCAUGGAAUAUUGUCCCGGGGGAGAUCUGCAUACCCUCAGGCAACGACAGCCAGGAAACUUUUUCUCCGAGUAUGCUGCUAGGUUUUAUGCAGCUGAAGUUCUUUUAGCGCUUGAAUACCUCCACAUGCUAGGCAUCGUAUACAGAGACCUGAAACCGGAAAAUGUUCUGGUCCGCGAAGAUGGCCACAUCAUGCUAUCAGACUUUGACCUUGCCCUUAGAUGUGUAGUUUCACCCACUCUAAUAACAACCUCUGCUUUACACUCUCAUCCUUCCAAACAAAGAGCCAGAUUCUGCGCACAACCAUCAUCAGCAUGCAUCCAACCCUCAUGUUUUCUUCCUCGAAUCUUCCAUCAAAGGAGCAAGAAAAGAUCUGGUAAGACGCCAUCCGGUACUUUGCCUGAGCUAGUUGCAGAGCCUACUGCAGCUCGGUCCAUGUCCUUUGUAGGGACACACGAAUACUUGGCCCCGGAAAUGAUCAAGGGUGAAGGGCAUGGCAGUGCAGUGGACUGGUGGACAUUUGGUGUAUUCUUGCAUGAGCUGCUCUAUGGCAAAACACCAUUCAAAGGUUCAGGGAAUCGUGCAACGCUCUUUAACGUUGUUGGGCAACAGCUCAAGUUCCCAGAUGUGCCACCUACCAGUUGCGCUAGCAAGGACCUCAUCCGUGGGCUGCUCGUGAAGGAGCCACAGGACCGGCUUGGGGUGAAAAGAGGAGCAACUGAGAUCAAGCAGCACCCUUUCUUUGAAGGUGUGAAUUGGGCUCUGAUACGGUGCAGUAUGCCUCCAGAGGUGCCUAGGCCGGUCGAGGUUGAACCCCCCUCGAACCACACAUUCGUCGGUGCAGGCCCCGGUGGUGACAAAAGAGUGGGGACAGGCAUGAAAUCUGAGGGUAAAUACCUGGAUUUUGAGUUCUUUUAGAUGGCAUGUCACAUGAGUAUUUAAUUUGCAUUGAUUCCAAAUUUCCAAUACAAUUAAAAAUUUGGAAUUCUGUUUACUAAACUGGGAAUUAAUUAUUCUCCUGUAAAUUAUCAUCCUUUUUUU